UCUCUCUCUCUCUCUCGCUCCAAUCUGCAGAUCCCCCUUCUUCUAUCCGAGAAAUCAAAGCCGAUUUCACCUCGAGAUUUGAUUUCUGCAAUCAAUUUCUAAUUAGGUGUGAUUGCCACCGCAUCAGAUAUUCAGAUCCAUGGCGGAAGAACGGAGAUGCCAAGAAGGUAUGCGAUGCGCGAACAACUGCGGUUUCUUCGGCAGCCCUGCAACCCUAAACCUCUGCUCCAGUUGCUACCGCGAUCAUCUUAAAACAGAGCAGGAUCUGAUCGCCGUGGAGAAAUCCCUCAUGGCUGCCACCUUCUCCUCCUCCUCCUCCUUCUCUUCCUCUUCCGUAGACGCCGUGCUUUCCUCCUCUCAUGCAGUCAGCCCUGCGGUCGCCGAUGAGCCGGCGGAGGAGAGGCCGAGAAGGUGCACGGCCUGCCGGAAAAAGGUGGGGCUGACCGGGUUCAAGUGCCGUUGCGGAUCGACGUUCUGUGGGGCCCACCGGUACCCGGAGCAUCACGCCUGCGAUUUCGACUAUAAGUCGGCCGGCCGGGAUUCGAUUGCCCGGUCCAACCCGGUGGUCCAGGCCGAUAAGCUGCGGAGGAUUUGAGAUAGCUUUUCCUUUGAUGUUGAUCGACGGCUGGGAUUGAAUCGGCGAGUCGGGUUGGGCCCGCUCCGGUCCGAUUCGCUUCGCUUGGGUUUGCCGGGUCUUUAUUCGCUUUUGAAAUUUUCUGUUUUUAAAUGUAAUUUUAAUGCGGUAGGUUAAAUUUGUGGUUUCAGGAAUUACGUCAGUAAUGAUGAUAGCUGUUUCAUUCGUGGAAACUAUUUAU